AUGAACGUGAACAACCUUUCCGAACACUUACAGAACCUGAUAUCGAGUGACUCGGAGCUGGGCUCGCGUUUGCUAUCAUUGCUGCUGGUUAGCAGUAGCAACGCCGAAGAGCUCAUCAGCAUGAUAAAUAACGGCCAGGACGUUUCGCAGUUCAAGAAGCAGCGCGAGCCGAGAAGGGGGAAGCCCGUGGCAACGGCGGCAGUUGUGGCGAAGGAAAGGAGGGAGGCGGCGCCCCUGGGCACUUCGAACGAACUGGAUAAGAUGAAGCAGGAGCGAAGAAGAAAGAACACGGAGGCGUCGCAGCGGUUCCGUGUUCGCAAGAAACAGAAGAAUUUCGAGAACCUGAACAAGCUGCAGAACCUGAACUUGCAGAUCAACAAGCUGCGCGAUCGCAUAGAGCAGUUGAACAAGGAGAACGAGUUUUGGAAGGCAAAGCUCAACGACAUCAACGAGAUCAAGUCCUUGCAGCUGCUGAACGACAUCAAGAGACGAAACAUGGGCAAGUAG